UUAUGUGCGUCUGUUCUGAAGUCGUGGACGGGAGGUUGAAAAUGUCCAUCGCAGCUGAUUUUCGCCGGCAACUGAGAGCGCUGCAGUCUCUUGUCCAUCGGGCCAGGGCUGAGCAAGGGCGACAUGAGCUUGACAAUUCUCUCGUGACCAGACUCACAGACGUGCUCCUGCGGACAUGGGACCUUGGCUUCACGGCCUUCGGAGGCCCGGCAGUGCACUUCAAAAUUCUGUUCGAUAGAUUCGUCGUCGGCGGAGCGGGAAAGGGUCAGAAGUGGAUCGACGAGCAGACGUAUCAAGAGCUCUUCGCGAUAUGCCAGGCCCUCCCUGGACCGGGGAGUACGAAGAUGCUAUUUUGCAUCGCGCUGGUUCGCGCCGGCGUCGUUCCGGCCGUUGUGGUCUUCCUCGUCUGGAGCCUUCCGGGGGCCCUCGCCAUGUACGGCCUGUCUCUUGGGGUCGAACGCAUGAGCGAAAUACUCCCUUCUCCGGUGUAUGCCCUCUUGUCCGGCCUCAACGCGUCGACUGUGGGCAUCAUCGCGUUGGCGGCGGUGCAGCUCGCGGAGAAGGCGAUCAGAGACCGUUGGACCCGGAUCUUGGUUCUUUUCGGAGCUUGCGCGGGGCUAUGCUACAACUCGCUGUGGUAUUUCCCAGUGCUGUUGGUCGCGGGAGGGAUCAGCACGCUGCUGUGGGAUGGCUACGUGCGGGUUUGGAUCGCGAGAAUGGUCACGCGCUACAGGCGCAGCGGACAGCGGGAGGACGACGAGGCAGCAGAUCAUCCCAGUUCUACCUUGGCUAUCGACGAGCACCGAGACUCUUCUCAGAGUGGCCCUGUUCAGCGAAGGGUUUCAACGCCAACAAGCGAUCACCAGCAACAUGACGGCCAAAACUCCCCUGUCAACUUUCACCGUCUCUCCAUGACGGACGGGCCACCGGAAGCAGCCCCUCUGAAACAUCCAAUAAGUGUUCGCGUCGGUAUAUGUCUUGUUGUUGGCUUCCUGGCGUCUUUCAUCGCCACCAUGAUCGUUCGAGGCAUGGUCAAACCAUUACCACGAGCCGCCGCUCUUUUCGCGAACAUGUACCUGGCAGGCACAAUUAUCUUCGGCGGAGGUCCCGUGGUGAUUCCAUUGUUACGUUCUUAUGUUGUCGGUCCGGGAUGGGUGUCUAGCCGCGACUUCCUCAUCGGCCUAGCGAUCAUUCAGGCGAUGCCGGGGCCAAACUUCAACUUUGCUGUUUAUCUUGGGGCACUUGCCAUUCAGAAGACGCCUGCAUCUUCUCUUCUUGGUGCAUUGAUGGGUUUCCUUGGUAUCUUUGUCCCUGGCAUUGUCCUAGCAGUAGCUUUCCAAAGCUUCUGGCAGGUUCUACGGACAAGACAAUGGGUGCUUGAUGUCCUUCGUGGUAUCAAUGCCACGGCUGUGGGCCUCGUCUUCACCGCGGUAUACAGGCUCUGGGAGAUUGGAUACCUGACCCCAGAUGCGAGCCAGGGAGUAUCUCUCGCUCUAGAACCCUGGUGGGUUGUCGUUACCGCAGUUUCCUAUGCCGAAAGUGCCUGGUUCAACGUUCCCCCUGCAAUAUCCAUUGUGAUUGGCGCUGUUCUUGGCUUGUGCUGGUAUGGUGCUGUGAAAGCAUAGAAUCUCUGUAUGACUGAGAGAGUUGGGGCUUAAAUUCUAUGUAGCCUACUGGGAACACGAUGAGCAGCAUAAUGUUCUGUAAGGCUGAGCCUUGUCAUUGUAUGCAAGUUAUCUGGAUCCCACUCCCUGCAGCGCUUUGUUUUUUAGCUUUGGCAAGCCUUGUCGCUGUGACGUAAUUAGGGUUACAGUAUCUGUUGCUUUCAGAUCCUUGCAAGUUGGAACAACCAGAUCCUAUACGCUCUCACGCGGGUACAAGAUCGACAUUGGAGUAAUAAGCCUUGCAGUGGCCACGCGCUCGCUGCGCAAGUUGUUCCAGAAAAAAAAAUCCUGUUUCUGCCAACCUUGGCUGAACGCAUAAAUACUUCGUAUCUUAAUGAUUCGUUUUCGUACUACUCAUAAUCUUCGAAAGUCAGGACAUAAGAUUUCCCACAGAAACAAAAGUGCGCUAUAAUGAAUAACGACUCUGGUAUUACAAAGGGCGCGAAGGGCGUGACAAGUACUGUCGGCAACACAGUCGGUGGAUUGACUAAUACAGUUGGUGGGGUUGUCGGUGCCCUUGGCCGCGGUCUAGGAGAGACAGUAUCAGGCGCCACGGGUGGCGCUGGAAAUAGCGUCGGGCAAGGUAUUGCAGACAUUGGCAACGGUGUUGAAAACGGUGCGGCCGAUGUAUCGAAAGGGGUGAAGAGAGCUGGAGAAUGGAAGUCUUGAGUUUGCACUUUCGCAAAAAUGAAUAGAAGGCAACGAGAUUUGCAAUAAGAAAUGAGCGACUCCAGGUUGAACGACUGGUAUUCAGGAAGUCAUUAAGCAGAAAUCGGUUCGAGAAUUGAUACUCGUGUCAAUCAAUUCUUGAUUUCAGGUCAAUUUCCAUGCCGCCCGUGCACAAGGUCAGAUGUAUACAUAACAAUUCAAAAAAAAA